GCAUUAAUACAGAAAUAUGGGCAAUCAUGUUAUUCAGCUUUUACAGUACAUCCACUUACCAUUCUUCUGUCUAUUAAACCGGUUAUCAAUUGACGUACUAAAUAAACUAUCAAUAAAAAAUGUUAAUUUUAACAGUGGUUCUUGCGAUAUUACAUAGCGCGUGUAUUCAAGGUAUUGACCUAAUGCAGGAGUGUGCCAAACUAUAUCGUCCGAAGAACUAUUUGGAUAUUCUGCCCAGCUUAAAUAUGCCUUAUGUGGAUCAACUGGCUAUCCCUAAUAAUGUUUUCAAGAACAAACAUUAUCAGAAUAUGAUUAAGAAUAUCCUGCCAACUCCGGUGGUUACUACCAAAGUAUUGCAAGUGAAAACGAAAUAUGUUUAUAAAAAUCCGAUUUGUGUUAAAUAUAGUAAGAAACAAAAGUUGUGUAAACCUGAAGAUGGACGGAUAAGGGAGAACGUGGACAAUUUGAUUACCAAGGAGAGUUUUAUUAAGGAGGAUUUAGAGGAAAACGUGGAGGCUAUGGUGGAUGUGGAGGAUAGUGAGGAGGAUGAUGCUGAAAGGUUCACGUUGAAAGUGUCGUUUAAUAAAUUAGAACCAAGUGAGCCAACUCAUCCACAAGAAGCCAGAGCCUUCAGAUAUCCAACAAAACUUCGCACUCCAACAAUCGAGCCCCCGGUUCAUGUAAUGCUGAUCGAAGACAGAUUGGACCAACUGGAAACCCUCAUUCCAGGUUACCAACGAAGAAGAAUCUACGAGACCAGCACCAUUUACGUCACCAAGACCAUAAGCAACCACAGAAAUAUGGCAACAUUAGUGGUGAAAAAUUGCGUUCCUUAUGGAUACGACGUGUGUUCGCCGAAAAGUAAAAAGAGGAAAAGCAAAAUCGCUAAGAGAACUUUUAAUUUGAGAGAGCGGGAGUUUUAUUAUGGGUGAAGAUUGUACAAAAUUUGGAAAAUUAAAUAUUGAAUUUUAA